UAGGGCGAGACUUUGUUUGCGAAGGUUUUUCUUCGUGAGUUUAGAAAAGAAUACUUUGUACGUUCCCCGGCAAGUGUAUUUGACCGUUCAAAUGGCAAACGCCAGUGUGCCCACUUACCAACUCAUCGAAGACUGCGAAGCCACAAACAAGGCACUGUAUAAAUGCUAUGCAGCUGUCAUGAUUGUGAUUUUCAUCUUGGCUUUGCCUCUGAACAUAUCUGUCCUCCCUUUUAUAUUCAAGCUGAAGUUCUGGAAAUCCAAAAGCAAUAACAUCUUCCUUUUCAACCUGGUGCUGGCUGACAUUCUGCUGCUCUUCUGUUUGCCCAUAAAGGCACAUAACUUCAUCCACGGAGAGAGGAGGAGUGGGAACGAAACGGUCUGCAAAGCCAUGCUCUUCAUGUUGUUUUUAAACCGAGGAGCCAGCAUCGCCUUCCUAACAGUGACUUCCAUCGAUCGAUAUUUUAACGUGGUGCACCCCAGUCGAAAGAAUCUUCUGAGAGCCCUCAAGAAAUCCCCUCAGAUCUCUGUCCUCAUCUGGCUGCUGCUUCUGCCUCUCACCAUUCCCACCAUGCUCAGGAACUUUGACUGCUGCAACAGCCACAAAACCGACACAGACAACAUGGAUCCUACCAGGAUGAAGGACGUGGUGGACAGUAUGAGGGAGGCGGUCUUCUUUACUCAGAUCCUCAUCCCCUUUGUCAUCCUGGUCUACUGCACAGUGCACAUCGUCAACCGGCUCAGGAAGAAAACAAUUGGGGAUAAGACCAAGCUGAGGAGAGCAGUUUUUCUGGUGACCUCCGUCAUAGUGGUCUUCUCCUUCUGCUUCCUCCCCUGCACCAUUGCCAGGAUGGUUCUGCUGAUCGUCCGGAUCCAAGAUUUGAGUGAGGUCUACCAGGACAAAGCUGCUGUGGUCUUCGAUGGCCUCAUGGUCCUCUCUUACAUGGACUGUCUACUGGAUCCACUGGUCUACUGCUUCUGUAGCACCAAGUUUAAAGCUCUUUAUCUCUCCAAUUAUUUCCCCUUCUUACUGAGGGGAGAGCCAGUGCCAGUGGAUAGCUCCACAGGACACACACCGCAUCCUACGCGCAAUACUGUCAUUUGAAGUUCGUGGAAAACGGAGGGUGGAUGGCGGCGGAACAGUGCCUUGUGUUUCUGUCCGGUGACACGGAAACCCAACGGGAUACUACCUGAGACUGACAGUGUGCCCCGAAAAUGUACUUACUUUAUGAUAGGGGACUCUGAAGGUGAAUUGCGCUAUUUAAUUUAAGAAAUUUCUAUUUUCUUAUGAUUCUUACAUAGAGAUAUACAGAGGUACAAAAUGGGAAGUACUGUUAUGGCUCCUUCAAAGCGUGUCAUGUGCUCUUCAACACUGUAGUAGUGACUCAGCAGGUGAAAGAGGCUCCUUAUUGUCUAGAAUAUUACAAUAAUAAUAUUAAUGUUGGUGGAUUUUGUUAAGUGAAAUAUAAGGGGGUAUUUUUUGUUUUUUUUGUUUUAAGUGGAAUGCCUCCCAGCUAAGGUAUGCACAUCUGUUUUUCUGUUUGGCCUGGACAGUGUACUGAAUAGUUACGACCAUGAAAAAUUCCUUUCGAGCACAGGAAUCUUAUCUUUCAAAUAGUACCAGUCUCACACAGCCUUUAUCUAAGUUCCCACAGAUAAACAAGAUUUAUAGGUUUCAAAGGUUUCGAUGAAAGCUCGGAAAAUAGAACCACAACACCCGAAAAGGCGCCUAAAUCUCAAGUGAAAUACGUUCUCCAUGAAGCUGUGGUGAAAAAUUCCAAACCAAGAAGCCUGAAAGGGGGAAAAAAAAAAAAAGCGUUUUCUAGAUAUCAUAAAUAGUAUUCACUAACAUGAAUUCCUUGGUGAGGAGUAUCAAAUGUCUGCAUGUAACUAACCCCCAAAUAGACGCAUGUGAGGCCAUAGUCAGUCCCCUAUUAUUUAAGAGUUCAUAUAGGCAGCUGGUUAUUAAUGUUGAUUUAAUAUUGAAUUUUGUAACUGUUUAUACUGUGUAUGCCUAUAUAUAUAUAUAUAUAUAUAUAUAUAUAAUGAGAGAGAGAUGGAUGUAUUUAUACUGUAAUUAUUGUUUGUCUGGGAUCAUUUCUUUUAAAUUCAGCAUACUGUCCCUCAUUCAUUUGGAGAGGACCUCGUAAACGCCUGGUGAUUUGAGACUCCAGUGUGACAACCAUGAAUCCACAACGACAUGCCUCAGAAAUGUAAAAUGGGUAAUGCAAUAUAAAUCGGGAUUCACUCCACCCGGGCUUGUAAGUCAUCUGAAUGGUCAUACUCACCUUGAUGAUAUCAUCUGUACUAACGAAGCAAUGGGUGAAUGUAUGUCUGUCGUUCACUCCCUGGCUCUAAAUGGAUAGCCAACAACGAUAAGGUCAAUCAAGUGCAGUCUGGGGAUUCUUUGUUUAAUAUCAUGUGAAUUUUACUCCUCUGUGUGUGAAAGAUGCAUCGUUGUGUGUCUCAAAAACAUUGUUUCAAAUGGCAAAAACAUUGCAACAUCACAUUAGCAAAUUUGAACUGUGGAAUAUUAUGCAACUUCCCCGUCCAGUCGAAUUUCUUGUUAAAUCAAAUUAUGACUAAAAGCGGAACAACAACUGAGGGGAAAAAAAAAAAAACCCUGGGUUUAAGAAAAAAAAAUGGCUGCUCCUCAUGGAAGGUCAAUCAAGAAAACAAAGAGAGGGGAAGAAGACCCAGCUCCACAGCUUUGUAGUGAUAGCAAUAAAGAUUUAAAGAUCAAAGAUGAGACCAAUGCCUACUUCUGACCGCAGUCCACAAACAUACAAUCACGGAUUUGUAUAAAGGCGAAUCAGUCAUCGUGUGGAAAUGUGAGCAACCACAACACAUCAUCUUCAUGUGUUCGCAGUGCUUAUGAUUUUCUUGUGAUUAACACAAUUUUUAAUUUCAAUGCUGGAUUUUUGUUGUUAAUUUUGUAUCCACAUAAAUUAUCAAGAAAUGUACCAAUCAGCCCAAUUACAAGUAGAGCAUGGCCUUUUUUGCAGGCCCCAUUUAUUGCUACUAAAAGUGAGUGCUACAGUCCAUUUAUAAGUGGUCAAACGUAUGGUCACCCUGACAUGAAUGCAGCAGUGUUUCAGCUGUAGCAUUACUGAAUGCUAAAUGUUUAUUUCUUGUUCAGUAACAAACAGAAAUAAUUACUAGCAAUGCUAUUAAUGUUAACAUAUGCUGUGAUAUGACCACUCGAAAGGAUUUAUAAUCAUUUCAGCUUCAUACCACGCCAUAAAACCUGAUGAAUUCUGUGUAAUAGAAGAAAUUAUGGAUGCAAACAUCUUCUAAAUUCCUAUUAUUAGUUUUAUUAAAAGACAUUUUUGUAACAGAAAUGUACUAUAGAGCAGGGAUCACAGGUUAACAUUUUUCUAACUGCUUUACAGGUAGCGUUUUGUAAAUACCAGCCUUGUCCUUCAUGUGUUUUUACUACUGCUGAAAUUUGUGAAUGUAUAAAUAUAUUUUUAUCUUUGA